GACUGCGGCCUGGGGCGGAGCGGCUUCCUCAGCGGGCGAGACCCGCACAAAGUUUGCAGCUUUCGGGCCCGGUCCCCCGGGUCCUUGGCGCCCAGCGAGUGCCCCCCCGGCGUGCGAGCACCGGCUGCGUGCGAGCGGAGGAACAACAUCAUCUUCAGUGGGAAAGAGAAUUGGCUUCCUUGUGUGAAUACCCAGCAGAUUGUUGUAUGGGAGGAAGUAAGAACCAGAAAGCCACCAUCUCCAUUUUGUACCAGCACACACAAUCCCUUCUAAGAGUCCAUGUUGAUCUUGGAAGUGGAAGGAUUUAAAAGAGUUACGUUUCCACAGAGAACAAGAACCUUACCAUCUCCUGUAGCUCUGAAGGCUGGCAGACGAUGGAUAUCAUAGAGACAGCAAAACAUGAAGGUCAUUUGGAAAACCAAACCAGUAACUCUCCCGACACUUACACAAGUCCUGCUGAAGCUGUAGAAGAAGAAAACAAAAACGGCAAUGGUAAACCCAAGAGCUUGUCCAACGGGCUACGAAAGGGCGCCAAAAAGUACCCGGACUACAUCCAGAUUUCUAUGCCCACUGACUCCAGGAACAAGUUUCCCCUGGAGUGGUGGAAAACAGGCAUUGCCUUUGUGUACGCUCUCUUCAACCUUGUCCUGACGACUGUCAUGAUCACAGUCGUGCACGAGAGGGUCCCUCCCAAGGAGCUCAGCCCUCCACUCCCAGACAAGUUUUUUGAUUAUGUCGACCGUGUCAAAUGGGCAUUUUCUGUAUCAGAAAUAAAUGGGAUUGUAUUAGUUGGGUUAUGGAUCACCCAGUGGCUUUUUCUGAGAUACAAGUCUAUAGUGGGGCGCAGAUUCUUCUUUAUCAUCGGAACGUUAUACCUAUAUCGCUGCAUAACUAUGUAUGUCACUACGUUACCUGUGCCAGGAAUGCACUUCCAGUGUGCUCCAAAGCUCAACGGAGACUCCCAGGCAAAAAUACAGCGGAUUCUCCGGUUGAUUUCUGGCGGUGGAUUGUCCAUAACGGGAUCGCACAUCCUGUGUGGAGACUUCCUCUUCAGCGGUCACACAGUUGUGCUGACACUUACUUACUUGUUCAUCAAAGAAUAUUCUCCUCGGCACUUCUGGUGGUAUCAUCUGGUCUGCUGGCUGCUGAGCGCUGCGGGUAUCAUCUGCAUCCUUGUGGCACACGAACACUACACGGUCGACGUGAUCAUUGCUUACUACAUCACGACACGGCUGUUUUGGUGGUACCAUUCCAUGGCCAACGAAAAGAACUUGAAGGUCUCUUCCCAGACAAAUUUCUUGUCUCGGGCUUGGUGGUUCCCCAUCUUCUAUUUUUUUGAGAAAAACGUUCAAGGCUCGAUUCCUUGCUGCUUCUCCUGGCCACUGUCCUGGCCCCCUGGCUGCUUCAAGUCAUCAUGCAAAAAGUAUUCACGGGUCCAGAAGAUCGGAGAGGAUAAUGAGAAGUCCACGUGAGCCGCCAACCUGGCAGCAGCUUUUCCACCAAAACAGUCCGUGCUGUAACCAAAGGCGCAGCUUCGUAUUUAUUUUCAGAGAACUGACUGGUAAAUGGAGUGGACCAAAUUUUGUGCAAAAGAUCGGAGCAACGAAUGAAGUAUUACCUUUGGGCUUUUUUUUUUUUUUUUUUUUUUUAAAUUCAUCCCAAGAAACAUAUAUUUUCCUGCUGCUCUUCACUCAUGGGUGACAAAGCCUCCAAACUGGGAUCCUAAAGAGGUGGCAAUUAACCCGCUGUGCCUCUCAUUCUUUCUCCACUUCCACAUUCUUUCCAGAUUGUUUUUUCCCUUCAAGGUCAGAAGAGUGUGCUAAUGUUGUGAAAUAAAGUGUCUGGAUAUACACAGCCACUGUGUGAAUGCAGGCAGUGAGGGCAGGAGCAGGUUUCCACCAAGCAGCUCACUGAGGGCAAGCCACAGGUGGGUCAUGGUGGGUCAAGGUCAAGUGCACUUGUUUCUAUCCAGUCUGGGGGAAGGUUAGGGUGCCAUCUGGGGUUCGCUUUGCUGCUACCCCCCGAUGUGCUAUGUAUGACUUUUCCUCUUCUUUUUUUUUUUUUUUUUAACCUUUACCUGAUAAUUGUAUUUCUAAAGAAGGGGUGUUCCAAGGAAAUGAGAGUGACCCACCCAUGGAUGUUUCCUGUGUGUGGAUUUCUGACUUUCCAGUCUCUAUGACAGGUCCACAGGAAGUGUGGGGCUUUUCCUGCUAUACACAUUCAAGGCAGCCUGCCUGGAGCCCAGCACUGUUAACUGCAACAGCAGGGCCUGCAAACGCACAUGGGAAGUGAUACUCACACUCACCGGGGAACACGCUUGUGCUCCCCUUCUAGUGUGGACCCUGCUGUGAUGUGUUUCUAAUCGGAACCUAGAGAAAUAUUCGCGCACAUCCCACUAAAACAGUCGCCUCUCAGUUAGCAUUGCGCUUUCCAGGAAAUGCAAGAUGGAUUCCAAAGGUUUACUGGUUCCUUGCCUUUUAGCAAGGAACUCUAUUCCCUAAGUGCUCCUACGGGCAUACACCACCACUGAGCAAGUUGGCUUUCACCCUGCGAGCGUGCCACAUGGUGCUGCACUUAAACAUGCCGUUGGCAUCCACACUUGAGGUAACUACAUCUGCAUAGGAGCAGAGCCAAGCAUGGGGCGCACGCCUUUAGUCCCAGCACUCAGAAGGCAGGGGCAGGCGGAUCUCUGUGAGUUCAAAUCCAGCUUAGUCUAAGAAGCAAGUUCCAGGAAAGCCAGGGAGAUCCAGAG